AUGAUAUAAUUUACAGUCUCUUAUGAAGGUUAGCUGUUAAAAUCAGAAUGUCAAUCGUUUAAAAGGAUUCAAGAUUACAUUGACAAAUUAAUUUCAACAUUAAAAUUACAAAUCUAGAAUAAAUGUUAUGGAUUAUUCAUGAAUGGUGUUGAACUUUAAAAAGAUAAAACAUUGACAGAAAAUAAAAUUAAAAAUGGUGUUACUUUAGAAUUGAAAGUCACUAAAACUUUUGAAUAUGUUUUUCUUAAAGUAAAAGGAAAAGAGAAAUCCUUUUGGCCACAUAUCAGCUUAGCAGAGAAAGCUGAGAUACUGUACUAACAAUGUUAAAAAGAAUUCAACCUUUAAUAUGGCUCUUUUACGCUUUUCUAUCAAGGAGUCCAAUUAGAAAAAGAAGUUUAAUUAGGUUCAUAUAAUAUAAUUUCUAAUUCUAUCAUUAAUUGUGAGAAUAAUGAUGUAAUAAAACAAGAUAAUUCGAUGAUGACAGUCUAAAUUUAAUAUAAUAAUACAUAAUAUUAAAUCAGUAUCAAUCGAUAAAGUCUUGUUUCGGAUUUAGAGCAGAAAAUAAAAGAAUAAUUUAAAAAUAUUCAACAAUUUUUACUUUUGAAGGAUGGAGUGCAGCUAUUGUAAUCGAAUCAAAAAAUUGAAACUUUAAAUGCUAAAUAUAUUGAGGUAUCUUAAUAAAUAAAUUAAAAUCAAAAAUCAUAAGAAAUUGUAAUAUUUUUAAAUUAUGUUGGUUAAAAUACUCCAAUCGAAAUAAGUUUAGAUACACUUAUUUAAGAACUGUUAGAAACAUCUGUAUAAUUAUAUUCAAUAAAAGAUAAUGUAAUUUUGAAACUCAAUGAUUAAAUCUUACCUAAUAAUCAAACAAUAGGUUAAUUACAAAUUCCAAAAGGCUCUAUAUUAACAGUUGAAGUCUAAAAAUAAAUUGCAUAAUCAUAAGAAAUUGUAAUAUUUUUAAAUUAUGUUGGUUAAAAUACACCAAUCGAAAUAAGUUUAGAUACACUUAUUUAAGAACUGUUAGAAACAUCUGUAUAAUUAUAUUCAAUAAAAGAUAAUGUAAUUUUGAAACUCAAUGAUUAAAUCUUACCUAAUAAUCAAACAAUAGGUUAAUUACAAAUUCCAAAAGGCUCUAUAUUAACAGUUGAAGUCUAAAAAUAAAUUGCAUAAUCAUAAGAAAUUGUAAUAUUUUUAAAUUAUGUUGGUUAAAAUACACCAAUCGAAAUAAGUUUAGAUACACUUAUUUAAGAACUGAUAGAAACAUCUGUAUAAUUAUAUUCAAUAAAAGAUAAUGUAAUUUUGAAACUCAAUGAUUAAAUCUUACCUAAUAAUCAAACAAUAGGUUAAUUACAAAUUCCAAAAGGCUCUAUAUUAACAGUUGAAGUCUAAAAAUAAAUUGCAUAAUCAUAAGAAAUUGUAAUAUUUUUAAAUUAUGUUGGUUAAAAUACACCAAUCGAAAUAAGUUUAGAUACACUUAUUUAAGAACUGAUAGAAACAUCUGUAUAAUUAUAUUCAAUAAAAGAUAAUGUAAUUUUGAAACUCAAUGAUUAAAUCUUACCUAAUAAUCAAACAAUAGGUUAAUUACAAAUUCCAAAAGGAUCUAUAUUAACAGUUGAAGUCUAAAAAUAAAUUGCAUAAUCAUAAGAAAUUGUAAUAUUUUUAAAUUAUGUUGGUUAAAAUACACCAAUCGAAAUAAGUUUAGAUACACUUAUUUAAGAACUGAUAGAAACAUCUGUAUAAUUAUAUUCAAUAAAAGAUAAUGUAAUUUUGAAACUCAAUGAUUAAAUCUUACCUAAUAAUCAAACAAUAGGUUAAUUACAAAUUCCAAAAGGCUCUAUAUUAACAGUUGAAGUCUAAAAAUAAAUUGCAUAAUCAUAAGAAAUUGUAAUAUUUUUAAAUUAUGUUGGUUAAAAUACACCAAUCGAAAUAAGUUUAGAUACACUUAUUUAAGAACUGAUAGAAACAUCUGUAUAAUUAUAUUCAAUAAAAGAUAAUGUAAUUUUGAAACUCAAUGAUUAAAUCUUACCUAAUAAUCAAACAAUAGGUUAAUUACAAAUUCCAAAAGGCUCUAUAUUAACAGUUGAAGUCUAAAAAUAAAUUGCAUAAUCAUAAGAAAUUGUAAUAUUUUUAAAUUAUGUUGGUUAAAAUACACCAAUCGAAAUAAGUUUAGAUACACUUAUUUAAGAACUGAUAGAAACAUCUGUAUAAUUAUAUUCAAUAAAAGAUAAUGUAAUUUUGAAACUCAAUGAUUAAAUCUUACCUAAUAAUCAAACAAUAGGUUAAUUACAAAUUCCAAAAGGCUCUAUAUUAACAGUUGAAGUCUAAAAAUAAAUUGCAUAAUCAUAAGAAAUUGUAAUAUUUUUAAAUUAUGUUGGUUAAAAUACACCAAUCGAAAUAAGUUUAGAUACACUUAUUUAAGAACUGAUAGAAACAUCUGUAUAAUUAUAUUCAAUAAAAGAUAAUGUAAUUUUGAAACUCAAUGAUUAAAUCUUACCUAAUAAUCAAACAAUAGGUUAAUUACAAAUUCCAAAAGGCUCUAUAUUAACAGUUGAAGUCUAAAAAUAAAUUGCAUAAUCAUAAGAAAUUGUAAUAUUUUUAAAUUAUGUUGGUUAAAAUACACCAAUCGAAAUAAGUUUAGAUACACUUAUUUAAGAACUGAUAGAAACAUCUGUAUAAUUAUAUUCAAUAAAAGAUAAUGUAAUUUUGAAACUCAAUGAUUAAAUCUUACCUAAUAAUCAAACAAUAGGUUAAUUACAAAUUCCAAAAGGCUCUAUAUUAACAGUUGAAGUCUAAAAAUAAAUUGCAUAAUCAUAAGAAAUUGUAAUAUUUUUAAAUUAUGUUGGUUAAAAUACACCAAUCGAAAUAAGUUUAGAUACACUUAUUUAAGAACUGAUAGAAACAUCUGUAUAAUUAUAUUCAAUAAAAGAUAAUGUAAUUUUGAAACUCAAUGAUUAAAUCUUACCUAAUAAUCAAACAAUAGGUUAAUUACAAAUACCAAAAGGAUCUAUACUAACAGUUGAAAUUUUAAAAUAAUCUAAUCAAUAAAAUUUAAUAUCGUUAAUUAUUUAAUUUGAUCAAAAUUAACCAAAUAAAGUAGAUGUAAAUAUUGAUGCUUAUGUUUCUGAAUUAGCCUAAGAACUACAAAAACAGUAUAAUUUACCAUAAAUAAAGUUUUAAUCGUAAAAUGGGUAGAUAUUAAAUCAUAACUAAACAUUUAGAUAAUAAAAUGUUGUUAAAGGUUAGAUAUUGUAUAUCAAUAAAAUUUAAUAAAAUCCAAUAGAUUUGAAUUUGACAAUUUAAUUAGGUGAUAAAAAAUUAGACAUGUAAAUAUUAUCUAAUGUUUUGGUUUAUUAACUUGAAUAAUAGUUUAUUAGUGAAUUGAAACUCGAAAGAGAGGUAAAGUUAUUCUACAACAAUCAAAUGUUAAAUUCAAAUGAGACCUUAUAAAAAUUCUAAAUUGUUCAAGGAUCCAAAUUAAUCGCUAAAUUUAUAGAUUCUAAACCAAUUUAUGAGUAAAAAUAAGGAAAGCCUCUAUAACUUAUAAUCUAAUAUUAAGGCGAGACAUUUGAUUUCUCUGCUCAAGAAGAUACAUCAACGUAGCAAUUAAUUGAAAGUGUUGCUAAAAAAAUUAAAAUUAACACUUCUUUCAUUUUAUAAACAGAAAGCGGAAUUAAAUUAAAGCUAAAUUAAACUCUUGGGUAACAGGGAAUAAUAACUCGAUCUGUAUUAUUUUUAAUCAAAAAUGAGGAAAAAAAUGGAAAAUAAAUAAAAAUUUUGAUUGAUUAUCGUGGCUAAAAAUUUCCACUUGAUAUUGAUAACACAAAACUAGUUUAGGAAGUCAUUACCUAUAGUUAACAAAAUUUAUAAAUUUAAGGACAAAUAUAAUUAAAACUUGAAGGGAAUUAAAUUUUAAAUUCAAAUGAUACUUUAGCCAACUAGAAUGUUUAGAAGGGAAAUGUUUUAAUGGUUGAAAUAAUUCCAUAAGCGCUUCAAAAUACUAUAAUCAAUUAAAACCAAUAAUCUCCAUCUUCUAUUGGUAAUUAAAAAAAAAUAAUAAUUAUUCUUGAUAUUGAUGGAGAGCGUAGAUAGUUUCAAUGUUUUCCUGAUUCUUUAGUUUCUGAUUUAUUGAUCGAGUUAUAACGGGUCUAUCAAAUUUAACAAAAAUUUAAUUUGAGUCUUGAAGGUUUAUAAAUUUUGCAACCAAAUUUAACCAUUUCAGCUUAAAACGUUAAAAAAGGUUCUCUAUUGUAUUUAAUCCCAAGUUAAAAUUAAAUAAAUCCAAAUUAAAAUUAAGUAAAUCCAAUUUAAAAUUAAAUUAAUCAAAACUAAAAUUAAAUAAAUCCAAACUAAAAUUAAGUAAAUCCAAUUUAUAAUUAAAUUAAUCAAAACUAAAAUUAAAUAAAUCCAAACUAACAUUAAGUAAAUUCAAUUUAAAAUUAAAUUUAUCAAAACUAAAAUUAAAUAAAUCCAAACUAAAAUUAAGUAAAUCCAAUUUAAAAUUAAAUUAAUCCAAUCUAAAUUUAAGCAAUUCCAACUUAAAUUUAAAUAAAUCCAACCUAAAAUUAAGAAAAUCUACCAAAUUAAGGAAAAAAUAUAAAAAUUAAGUUUAGUUUUAAUAAUAAAAUAGAAUCUAUUAAUGUUUAAGAUGAUUUUACAGUGAAAGAGUUUAUAGAUCAUUUAUAAUGCACUUAUGAGAUACAAGAAUAAUUUUAAUUAAGCUUAGAAGGUAAUAAAAUAUUAGAUGAAAAAUUAACACUAGCUGAAUAGAAGGUUUAAAACGGAAAUAAUUUAAUAGCAGUUUUUAAGGAGAAACCAUAACAAUCAAAUUUUAUUUUGAUUUUGAAGCAUUAAAAUUUUGCUCUAUAAAUUGAAGCAAAUCCAGAUUCCUUUGGUAGUCAAUUAUUUUAAAUUAUUUAAUAAGAGCUUAAAUAAAAGUUUAAUAUUCAAUAGCCAUUCCAAAUAUUUGUUGAAGGAAAGGUCCCUCUUGAUUUUUAAAAGAGUUUGAGAGCCUAAAAUUUCUAAAAAGGAACUAGUUUAUAAAUUUGUUUCGUUUCUAAUAUUUAUGGUUAAUAGUCUCUAAUCAACAAUUAAUAUUAUUAAUAGCCUUUUAUGAAUAAUAUGUUUAAUUAAUAGCCUUUUAUGAAUAAUAUUAAUAAUUAAUAGCCUUUUAUGAAUAAUAUUAAUAAUUAAUAGAAUUUUAUGAAUAAUAUUUAUUAAUAACCCCCAAUGAAUUUUGGAUGGAAUCAAAAUAUACCUUAGCCUUUACCAAACCUACAGAAUAAUACAAAAAAGUAAAAAUCACAAGAUUUUGGAGUUUCACCAAAUAGCUUUCUUAAUGGAUAACCAUAAUAGGAUAACAGAUAAUCAUUAAUACAAUAGCCAAGAUUUUUAUCUCAAACUUAAUCAAAUAAAUUACAAAUUUAUCUUAAAUACUUGAAUAAUUCAGCAUCUUUUGAACUUGAAUAAAAUAUAAUAGUUGCUGAUUUAGAGAGAUUUUGUUAGGACCAUUUUAAAAUUUAAUAACCAAUAUAAAUUGUGCGUUAGGGAUAGGUUUUAGACUCCUCAUCAUUUUUAAAUUCAUUUAAUUUGUAGAUCAAUGAAAUUUUGGAUGUUGUAGUAAAGCAAACAUCAUUAUGUCUGAGAAUUUAAGUAUUAGGGCAGAUUGAAAUUGAUGUAGAGAUAGAUUAUGAGACGAAGGUUUUUGAAAUGAUUGAUUAAUUAAAAUAAAAAUACAAUAUUAUUUAGCCAACAGAUUUAAUGCAAAACCAAAAGUAGUUAUCAUUAGAUAAAAGUUUUAAGGAAUUAAAUGUAGCAAAUAAUAGUUAUUUGAUUUUAAAAAAUAGACUAUAAACUCCAGUGGGAAUAUUCAAGAUUAUUAAUAUCAAUAAUACAGGUCUAAAUUUGAUAUAUGUGAAUGUUAGAGAUAGAACUAACAUUAUAUAAAUUGAAAUAGCUCCCACAGCAGAUGUUUUAGAGUUAGAGAGAAGAUUUAAGGAAAAAACAGGAUAGAAUUCUUAGUGUAGUUUUUAAUUCAAUAAUGGAAUGAUUUUGAAAUCAGGAUACUCUUUGGCUUAAUAUGGAAUAGUCAAUAAUAGCGAAGUACUUUUGAUAAGAUGAUG